AUAUAUAGAAUGGUGUUGACAAAGGAAGAGGUUGCCAAGCAUAAUUCAAGAAAUGAUUGUUGGAUCAUCGUUCAUGGAAAGGUGUACGACGUCUCUCACUUUCAUUCACUGCACCCUGGUGAGGGUAUAAACGAUCAAUACAUUGCAGACCAAGCAGGAAAGGACUGCUCUGAACUGUUUGAGAAGUUCCACUCCACAGACGAACCAUUCGAGAUGCUUGAGAAAUCAGAGGACAAACGACAAGAGGGCGUUGUAUAUAUAGGAGAGUUGGAUGAAUAA